UACAGAAUAUGCAGAAGCUCAGUAUUUCGCUGAUACUUGCACUUGUUGCCUGCAAGUCGCGCGUCUCUUCAGCUGCAACGCAGUCAGUGUGCUUGCUGCAGGAUGAGCCGCAUCAAUGUGGCGCGUUUUGCCUCACAGUACUGACCCCCAUGCUGGAUCACAUUGCCAGGCACCAGGACGAAUGGACCUCGAGUAUUCUGCAGGCAAACGAAACGGAGGCGAGACUGGCCAGGAUCGAGGGUAUGCAGACGGCGAUACACAUCAGUCAGCAGGUCCUGCAGGAAUCGUGGACGAGCAGCUUGCCCAAGGACAUCGCAGCGAGGCUGGACAGGCUGGAAAGUCAGCAGGCGGCGCUGUCGCGGAUACUCACCAAGUUCGAUAGGAAAAUAGUUCCGCCCAAGUUCGAGCUGAUCGGUUCGAGGUACUUCUACAUCGAGGACGAAAGGCGAAGGAACUGGACCUCGGCUGUCAGCUGCUGUCGCCAGAUGGGCGCCCAACUGGCCACCAUUCGCAGUGCGGAGGAGCUGGCUUCCCUCAAGGCCAAGCUUAACAAGCAGCGGCACUACUGGCUGGACAUCACCGAUCUGGCGAAGGAGGGGGACUUCAGGGUAUCUGCUUCCGGCAAGAAACCCAGCUUCUUCAAGUGGAGAGCGGGUCAGCCGAAUAACAUCGGCGAUCAGCACUGCGUUGAUCUUUUAGACGGACUGAUGUACGACAAUAAAUGCGAAGGAUUGAGCUACUUUAUUUGCCAGUCGGACGAUGAUAGCUUGGACUAAAGGUCUCGGAACUGCCGACUAACAGUCAAAGUUUUUAAUAGUUUGAUCGGUGAUACUUUAGUGCCUCCUGGCUCGAUAUUAUUUAUCAAUUGCUGAACCUUACCCACAUGCUUCUACCGAUUUCCAGGGUUGUGCACUUAUAGCGAUCAAUAAAUGAUGGAUCUGUUGUGUGUCGGAAUA